GGGGCAUCGUCACAUGAGAGCUGACAUCUGUGGACAAAAACUAGCUUUUCUAGUGAAGUGAAAAAUACUGGAUGAGGGUCAUUUUCUGAGACAGGAUGACCAUUACAACUUGUCAGAAGGUUACCCUUAUAUCAUGCUCUGUCCUUUGUGUCUCUCUCUUCCUGCCCAGGAUGCUUCUACCUAGAGGAACAAACAAGAGGGGCCAGGCUGAGGUUGGACCUGGGUUUCACCCUUCUGGGAUGCAUCAGUUGUCAGCAUCAGACGACCCGGAGCAGUGGGAGGUGGAUUCUUCUCGCUAUCUCACGCACUCUCUCUACACUGUUGAAGCCAUGGCUAAAGAUAAAGGCAGUGGGCGUGGAAAGAAAUACAACCUGAUGGCUCAAGCCAUACCCAUAUAUGGUUUUGGGAUUCUACUUUACAUCCUUUAUAUUAUGUAUAAGCUAACGUGUAAGGGACAAAUUAAUAAAUCUGGACUCUAUUCUACUGAGAGGACAACAAACCUGUCAAAUAUAAGUGCCACUGAUUAUGAGCUUGCCAGGCUUCAGGAGAAACUUGUGCGAACAGAAAUGAUGUUGGAGAGGAUUGUUUCGGGGAAGAAUCAUUGUUCUUCAAGUGGCAGAAGGCGGAAGAGUAAAACUUCAGUAUCGAAAAAGGAAGAAAAACUCCUGAGGCAACUCCGACAGAUCACCCUGCUGAUUGAGGAAGGGCCGUUGGAGGGAGCCUCUCCUGAGAUGGAGGCCGAGGAGGUCCCCUACAGUGCAGAUUGGGAAGGCUAUCCUGAGGAGACUUACCCAGCAUUUGAUGAUCCUUGUAAAAGACAUAAGUAUGAGACCAUCAGGCUGGAGGAAUACCAAAGCCAACCCACAGCGGAGGCCCUUGCAGAGAGGAUGGAGCAGGAGGAGGAAGAGAUCAUGGCCAGGAAACUCUCCAUUGUGCAAGAGGAAGAUGAGGAGGAGCAGGAAAAGGAGGAAGAAUCAGCAGAAGAAGAUUUAGAUGAGGAGGAAGAAGAGGAUGAUAUAGAAGAAGAACUUGGGGAUAUAGAAGAAGAACUUGGGGAAAUAGAAGAGGAAGUGGAGGAAGCAGAAGAGGGAAAAGAGCAUGAAUAUGUGGAGGAAGAGGAUGAGGAUGAGGAACAAGAGGUAGCUGAGAAGAAACUGUUGCUCAGUCCUGCUCUUCCUGUCAUUGGGAGAAAGCAGGAAAAAGUUGGGUUUGAGGUGAGCAAAGAGCUGCAGCAACACAGGGGAGGGAAGAAGCAAAUAACCUUCAGUGACAAAAAACAUGUGUUCCACUACCCCAAAGAGGAUACCUAUGAGGAAGACGAGGAAGAGGAAACAGAAGAUGAAAUAGAGGAGGAGGAGGCAGAGGGAACAGAAGUAGAAGAGGAGGAAGAAGGUGAUGAUGAUCCUCUGAUGGAGGCAGAAAGCCUCCUGUUUAGUUGUGUAGGCACCUCAAAUCCAGAGGAACAAGCAGAGGAGGUUGAAGAGGAGUAUUUCCUAACUUUAGCACCAGUGGAAGAUGAAGCUCAGAUUCAUGUAGACGUCCCUAAAGAGGUCGGGCAGAAUGGCCUGAGGAUGAGAAACAGAAGAGAAAGAUGAAGUUUUACAGCAAACUAAGUCACAACAAGUGAAAACUAAUGAAUGGUUACAUCUCACAUAUUUAAACUCUGAACCCAAUCUUAAUUAAGACAUAAUAAUAUUAUAUAAUUUAAUGAUGAUAAUAUUGUGU